ACGUGAUCUUCUCGAACGCAACCUGUCUAUGUUCAUCUAUGUUUAUGCUACAGUCUAUUGAUGACAGAUUUCUUAACCUCUUGAACGUUUUUAUAUGAAUAAGUUCGAUUCAUGUUUUAGAUGAAUUCUUUUUCUUACUUCGAGUGAUCCUUUUGGCUCUUGUGAUCUUGCGUUCUACAUAAAAUCGAAGACAAAUGAGCACAAGAUCGCUCUCAUUUGCCUUGAAAGACAAAUAGGAAAUCAUUUGUCCUACAAUUUAGAGAGUUGUAUCUCUCUCUCUUCCAAUACUACAUGUGCAAGCGGUAAUAAUGGACAGUCUAUUCACGCAAAAUGUUCUUGAUGAAGCAGAAGAUAUACCACAAAUAGAUGAGUCUGUUUGGAUUCUUGGCAAGAAGUACAACGCUAUAAAAGAACUCGAUGCAAUACGCAGAGAUAUCCGAUCAAAAUUGUGGUUUACUUAUCGCAAAGGUUUUAUUCCUAUUGGUGGUUGUAGCUCUACAUUCACAUCAGACAAAGGUUGGGGUUGUAUGUUGAGAUGUGGUCAAAUGGUGCUUGCUCAAGCUUUAAUCACAUUACAUUUAGGUAAAGACUGGCAAUGGAUACCAGAAACAAAGAACAGUACGUAUAUAAAAAUUUUAAAACGCUUUGAAGAUAAACGAGCUGCUGCCUUUUCUAUUCAUCAAAUUGCAUUGAUGGGUGCAUCAGAAGGAAAAGAAGUUGGACAGUGGUUUGGACCUAACACCAUUGCACAAGUAUUAAAGAAAUUAGUUGUGUAUGAUGAAUGGAGCUCCAUUACUAUACAUGUUGCGCUAGACAAUACAUUAAUAAUUAACGAUAUUUUGAGACAGUGUAGAAUAGAUGGGGGCGUGACGGCGGAAAUAGAUGGAGAAAUGCCCUUGAGGGCACCUAGUCAAUGGAAACCUUUAUUGUUGUUAAUUCCUCUGCGCCUCGGACUCAGUGAGAUAAAUCCUGUGUAUAUUAAUAGUCUUAAGACAUCAUUUAAGAUUUCACAAUCUCUGGGAGUGAUCGGAGGAAAACCUAAUCUUGCUCUAUACUUUAUUGGUUGUGUAGGAGAUGAAGUAAUUUAUUUGGAUCCUCAUACUACACAGAAAUCAGGAAAUAUUGAAGACAAGACAAACGAAGAAGAAAUCGAGAUGGAUGCAACGUAUCACUGCAAAACAGCUAGUCGAAUGCCUAUUACGGAUAUGGAUCCUUCUGUAGCACUUUGCUUCUUCUGUGCCACAGAAAAGGAAUUCAAAUCUUUAUGUAAAUCAAUGCAAGAAGAAUUACUUUUGCCAGAAAAGCAUCAGCCAUUGUUUGAUCUUUGUACAGAACGUUUGGUACACUGGUCACCAGCGAAAGAAGCUGUUUCUGAUGUGAAAGCAGCUUCCAGUUUUGUAGACUUUGAACACAUUGAACGUCAGUACGACACAUCUGAUGAAGAUUUUGAACUGCUUGGUUGACAUCUAUCUAGUUCAUCUAGUGUUAUAUGAUAAGAUGUAAAAUAAUAAUUUAAUAUUACAUGAUAAUAUAUGUGUGUUUUUAAAGACAAUUUCUAUUUUUGACUAGCGCAAUAAAAACUUCAAUGUUAAUAUAAAACAAUUUAGUUAUGUACAUAUAUAUAUAUAUAUAUAUAU